CUCCAUCGAUAAACCAGUCGAUAAGGUUUUUAUAUUUUCCCCACACAAAUCCCACCACUUCUGCUCUUCCAUUUCUCCAAUUGUAAACACACACGCCCCUUCAAAACUGUAAACUCAAUUUCUCAUUUUAUCUAAUUCUCAUUUUAUUACUGUUUGAACUGCCAUUCAGUUUCCCAAAUUUGUGUAUAGGCGAGUUGAUUUGCAGAUAACAAUGGCGGCAGUGAGUUUGAGUUUCAAUCUGGCCGGGGCGUUCACAGGACUUUCCAUCGGUUCCAGCUCGUCUUCUUCCUUUUUCAGAGGCGAUUUCGGUUCAAUUCACGUGGGGCAGAACGCCGCCGUUCUGCUUCCUAUGAAGCCGCCGCUGACGAUUGAGUCGGCGCACAAGAAAGGAGCUGGAAGCACUAAGAACGGCCGCGACUCACCAGGGCAGAGGCUUGGAGUCAAAAUCUUUGGUGAUCAAGUCGCCAAGGCUGGCUCCAUUAUCGUUCGGCAACGCGGCACCAAGUUUCAUCCUGGCAACAACGUUGGGCUCGGAAGGGAUCACACUAUUUUCUCGUUGAUAGAUGGACUAGUGAAAUUCGAGAAGUUCGGACCCGAUAAGAAAAAGAUUAGUGUCUACCCCCGAGAAGUGCAACCAGAAAACCCCAACAGUUACAGAGCACGAAAGAGGGAGUCGUUCAGAUUACAACGCGAGCGAAGAAGGGCUAGGAGAGAACUCAGAGAAGGCAUUGUGACUCAACCUCAACUGGUUCUUGCCUCUGCUGCUGAAGCCUCUGAGGAUGCAGCAGCUUGUUAGCCAGCUUAAGGUUUUGUUUGCUUGUAUUCAACAGUCACGAGUUGGUCUAAUUAGAUAUUCCUUUUUGACUUUUGUGCUUAUGUUAAUUCAUUUAAAUUCUGGUUCGAACAAAUUUUCUUGUAUAUGAAGAACCAGUGAAGGUUUUGUUUGAA